CAGAUAACCUUUAAUCUGAUAGCUACCUGUGUCUACAGACUUACGCCUAUCAAUUUCAUCUCCGCAAUCGUCGAAGUGGAUGUCACGACGAAGGGCGUGUUUGAACAAUUCCAAGUAUUUGGCAACUAAAUAUAGGUACCUAUAAACGGGUAUACAUACCUAGGACCUUGUUUAAUCUCAAGCUCUGUUUCUAUAACAACACAGGCAUCUCGAAAGUAUUUCAAAAUGCGGUCGCCGGCUCUUCGACUAGCUCAACGCACAUCCCGCUAUGUCCAGGCGAGGAGUUACUCAGCAACUCCUAAGCCAGUUCGACAUCUCAUGUCAAUUAGCGACCUGACGCGCGAUGAAUUCUUAUCCUUAGUGAGCCGAGCUGCGGCGCAUAAAGGCGCCGUUAAGUCCAGCGGAAUCCCCCAAGAGUUGAACCAGAAGUUGACGGGACAGACUGUGGCCAUGAUGUUCAGCAAGCUCAGCACUCGGACUCGGGUAUCGACAGAAGCAGCUGUGACUAUGCUUGGUGGUCACCCUAUGUUCCUUGGCAAGAAUGAUAUCCAAUUAGGAGUGAAUGAAUCAUUGCUAGAUACCUCCAAAGUUAUCUCAUCCAUGACCUCCUCUAUCGUAGCUCGAGUCGGUCCUCACAGUGAUAUUACGGGUUUGGCGGAACACUCUUCCGUUCCCGUCAUCAAUGCGCUCUCUAAUGACUUCCACCCGCUCCAGAUCAUCGCGGAUUUUCUAACAAUCUAUGAGUCUACCCGAACCUCAAAAGAUUUGUCCCAUCCGGAUGGUCUUUUCGGUAAAAUUGUGCCGAACGGAUUAAAGAUCGCAUGGGUUGGAGAUGCGAACAACGUACUGUUCGAUUUCGCCACCGCUUGCGUUAAAACAGGCAUCGAGAUAUCAGUCGCUACGCCUCGUGGUUAUGGCAUACCUAAAGACAUGGUGAACCUAAUCACGAGUCAAGCCGAUUCCACCAACACGCCUGGUAUUUUAAACCAAACCUUUGUCCCCGAAGAAGCCGUCAAGGAUGCCGAUUUCAUCGUGACCGAUACUUGGAUAUCUAUGGGCCAGGAGGAGGAGACCCAGAAACGGCUCAAGGACUUUGCCGGCUUUCAGGUCACAAACGACUUAGCUAAGCGUGGCGGAGCAAAGGCAGAUUGGAAGUUUAUGCAUUGCUUACCUCGUCAUCACGAGGAGGUUGAGGACAAGGUCUUCUACUCUGAUCGGUCUCUUGUGUUCCCCGAAGCAGAGAACAGACUGUGGGCUGCUGUUGCGGCCCUCGAGGGCUUCGUGGUGAACAAAGGAGAAUUACUGAGAAAAUAAUUGGGUAAAUUAAUGUCACAUUUUUUAGGGUCUAGGCUUCCAAAAAUAUGAGGAUAAAAGGAAAAAUUGUCAUUAGGCGAAAAAUAGCAUUGAAGGCUGAGUCAAGAUUCACGAAAGAGUAUGAGGAGUCAUAUAUCUCCUGAUAUAACUAGCACUAUUAAAUUUCAACAAUGAGUAAAAUCACAAUAAGAUCC